ACUGGAAACCUCCAUUCCACGCCCUUAGUCAUGCACCGGGUGCCCGCCCGGCUCGCUGACAUACUAGGAGAGAUGGUGACGGAAUUGGCCAAUAUGGAGUUGCGGGAUUUACAUCAGGCUCUUUGUGAUCCCUACGCCAGUCCUGCCUUGGGUCUCCUUGUGCAGGCGGUGGCUCGCAAGGAGAGCGCAGUCAGACAAGAUUUCCACCUGGAUACCGAUGGCAUCUUUUUUAAGCAAUUGGUGGCGAAAGCCUUGUGUUUUAAGGACGCUGAUAGGUGUGCCGAAGUUGUAUAUGCCAUGGCCGGCGAGACUAUGAGUAGUCGCUUCCUUGAAGCGGUCUUGUGGCAUACGGCGCCUACUCAGGUCGCAGCUCGCAUUUUCGAGGCGUGCAUUCGGGGUCGGGUGAUGGAAUUUGCCGAGGACAGUGUAGCCAAUUUUGUCCUGCAAACGUGGUUGCAGCGGACAGAGUCGCCUGAGCACUUGAAGGCGGCAUUGGACGAAUUGGCGCCGCGAGUCCGACGGUUGGUGGAGACACGUCGGGCUGGUGUUUUGUGGCGGCUGGCGGGGGCCUGCCUUCGUCUGAGGCAUGGCCAGGAAGAGAUGGUAGACGGCGUCGUCUCUGGCUUGGGAGGAGCCGGUGGGGAGACGAAGAAGGAAGAGGGGACUAACAGCUCUCGGCUUGACAUGGCUGUGCUGGCGUUACAGACGGGGUUGGAACUCGAUGUGGGACAAGGCCAUAGGGAAGGAGGGCAUGGGACGGAGCAUGACAGGCGAUUGCACCUCAACGUGCCUGGCGCGCGACUUUUCGAAUGUCUGAUGCGUUUUCCCACUAGUUCGGGGAAACACAGGGGCAGUGGGUGGAUAAUAUGCCGGGCAGUACUUGAGCUGCCACCUGAAACGUUGGUGGCUGUGGCGACGGAUAAUAUCGGUAGCCGUACUUUGCUUGAUCCGCUCCUAGGUGCGUCCUCAGCAGGAACAGAGCUAGGGGCAGCGACCAUAGAACGAAGGGAGAGAAGCGAGGGUGGUGGUCGGACAGCAGAAAAUCGGGGCGAAAAGAGCAAGAAGAGGAAGACCUCAGAUCCGCACAGAGAUGAAAUAAACUCGAGUCUGGCGGAUCGGCUCGCCCAGAGAUUGCAGGGUCACUACGCGUCCCUGGCCGCACAUCCUGUUGGCUUCCACAUUUUGACCAAGUGUUUUUCUUCGAGCGGAUUGAGUUUGGAAUGGAAAAAGAAUGUGGUCCAAGAGUUGAUAGACGCCGAGAGUCGCCUGGCCGGAGGCCAUUUCGGUCGGCGGGCUUUGCGGGAGGUCGGGGUGUCGCUAUACCGAGUAAAUCAAGCGAAAUGGGAGGAGGCUCAGAAAGAAGGGGAGAGGAAGAAAGAGG